AUGAAGCCUUCUGCGGAUGAGUUUUGUUUCAUGGUUCAGCUUGCGGAUCAACCUGAGCAAAGUGAAAAAGCGUCACUGCAGCUUAACCAGGACUGGGACAAAUUGAAAGGUUCUCCAGUUGAGUCUGUGGUGUCCAAAUACAAGGACACAGUGUUUCGAAUGGAACUACCAAAUCGUCCACCUCACCGGACAGUUGACAUUGAAGUAGUGGUAGAACUUGUCGAUAACGUUCCAGUGACCAGGAUACAGUAUCACCUCAGUGACGAGAUGAAACGAACUAUCCGCGAGUGGACACGUGAAAUGCCGGACGCUGGAAUCAUUCGACCGUCGAAGUCUCCGUACUCUUCUCCUAUAUUCUGCGUCAAAAAGGCAGUUUGUUGGCGGAUUGUUCAUGAUUUCCGGGCAAUUAACAGCAAAAUUCGCAUUCCUGUACGACUUCGCCAAUCAGAUAUUCCCUAUAAUGCGUUCUCGACGCCUGACGGACAGUUUGAAUACUUAGUCACGUCGAUGGGAUUAUCAUGCAGCCUAGCAGCUUUCAAUCGAAUGAUUCAGCGAGUUUUCUGCGACCAGAAAGCUUUCUGUCAGGCUUAUUUCGACGACCUUUUUGUUUUCACGAAAUCGAAGGAUAUUGCAGACCAUCUCGAAACUUUGGAUGCUGUGCUUCAACGGUGCCAGGAGCAGAAAAUCUACAUUAAACUUGCGGAGUGCACAUUUUGCUCGCACGAGGUACCGUGCCAGGGAGACUACUUGGGUGCGACAGUAUCCGCAUGGAUACCGAUAAGGUUCGCAUUAUACACGACUGGUCGACGCCAAAGACGAAACGCGAGCUCCAAUCGUUUCUGGUUUUGCGAGAGCUACGCAGAAACAUCGGCACCACUCAUCGAGGCCAGAAAGGGUAAAACCGCGCUAGAGCGAAUCAACCUUACGCUGGAGCAAGGCAAGUGCUUUGCCAAAUUGAAGGCUCAUCUGACAUCUCCACCAGUGCUGGCCCAUCCAGACUCGAGAAGAUACUUCUACGUGCAAAUGGGUGCUUCUGACUACGCCGUAGGUGGCUAUCUAUACCAGCUUGACAGUGGAGCCAAGGAGAAGGUGAUCGCAUACAGUGGAAAAAAACUCAGCAGCGCUGAGUUAAUGUACCCGACGCGAGAGAAGGAGUGUUGGAGUUGUUGGCCGCAUUACACGCGAUGCAAGUCUGGAGAGUGUACCUUAUCGACAAACCGUUCUUCGUUAACACUGAUCAUCGGCCGUUGCAGUCGAUUUUAG